AUGGCUGGUCUUGUGGACACGCGCCUGCUGGGACGACCAAAUAAGUAUUCAGGCAACCGCGACGAGUUCCCGACCUUCAGAUAUCAGCUGAUCAGCUACUUGGGCGCCAUCGGCCCGAGAUUGGCACAAGCGGUCACGACAGCAGCUACCCACGGCAAUGUCAUUACGCUUUCAGAGAUGGGUGACGAUAACAAGCAGUUUGCAGCGACGAUGGGAUACACUCUAUCACAGUUGCUUGGAGGCAGCGCGUUGACCUUGGUGAUGAAUUGUGAGCCAGGUAACGGCCUGGAGCAGUGGCGACGUCUUUGUUUACGCGAGGAUGCGGCCACUGGCUCCAACAAGGUGACGCAGCUGCAGCUUCUUGUGAACACAGAGUUUUCAGGCAAGUGGGAGACAUACGUCGAGGAGUUCACGAAGUUUCUACUGGACAUGAACCGAUAUCAAGAGAAGUUUUCAGAAGUGAUCUCAGACACCCUCGUCCAAGCCUUGAUCAAGAAGAACACGCCCGAGCCACUGAAGACUCAGGUGAUGAUGCAGACCUUCACGAACCACCAGAUCCUACGGGAGACUUGCGAGGCCUUCGCUCAGCAGAUGAUGCAGCGCGACCCGAGGUUGACCAAGAAGAAGUUCGACCCGAAUGCCAUGGACGUAGACGCUUUCGACAAGGGCGGCAAGGGCGAUUCCAAGGGCAAGGGCUUCGGCGGCAAGUCGGACCAGAAGGGCAGCGGUGGCAAGUCGAGCAGUCAAAGGAGUGCUUGGCAGAGUUCGGGCGGCAAAGGUGGCAAGGGCGACGGCAAGAACAAGAUGAAGAGCAAGAAGGGCGAGACGAAGCUCUUCGACGGAUGGUGUUCGAAUCCCCACUGCGGCAAGUACGGGCACAAGAUCGCGGAGGUCAGCGAUCCGUUUCUGAGGUCCAGCCAGGACUUCAACCAGCUCCAGGAUCGGGCUCAGCAAGUACGGUCCAUCCAGGAGAUUCAGCGUCACAGACACGAGUAUGUGGAGCUGGACGCGUACAGGCAGCAGUACUACCAGAUGACGAAGGGGGCUAUGACGGAGAAGUGCAAGCUCACAGGCGAGCCAGGUCAGUCUCUGCGAUCCAUUACUGGUAAGGGUAUUCGGACUUGGGAUAAGCGGACGUUGACGGGUGAGGUCUUCGAUUCGAACACGUCGAUCCCUGCAAAGCUAGACGUCACGCCAGCUGAAGUUCGUAGAGGUGCCCUUUCAGUUGCAGAGAUGAAUGAUGCAGGUUAUUCGGUACACUUUGAUCCUGACGGAGCCAAGAUGUUCAAAAGCAACAAGAAUGUGCAGCACGAGAUAGAUAAGGCGAUCGAGUCGACAGUGACUUUGCGGUUACGACGGAAGGUGAAUGCGUUUCUUCUUCCCAUGAGGUUCAAGGAUCCGACAGGCUACGAGUCCAUCAUCGGCGAUGUCGAGGACCACUCUGAGAAGGACGACGAGCAGAUGAAGGAGGAGCCUGUCGAGACGCAGCCUGUGGAGGUGCAGGACAGAAGGACAGGCUACCUCAUGGGAGUUGUCGUGGAAGCUAAAGGCAAUCAGAGCUAUGCUAUAGCGGCCAUCAGCGAGUACCUGGACGAGCUGGGCUACAUGAGUAUGGAAGUUCAGUUAGACGGAGAACCAGCACUGGAGGCACUCAUGAAUGGAGUGAUUUCGGAGCGUAUCAAGAAGCUCGGCAAAGAGGCAGCUGAAGCUCAACUUCGAGUACGGCUAGUUCCAAAAGGAAGCCACGCUUCUCAAGGUGGAGUUGAGAGUGGAGUCAAGUCGGUUGCAGGUCUUGCUAGGACUGGGCGUUUGGCUCUGGAGAAGCGUUACAACAUGAAGUUCACUGAGGAUGUACCUAUCAUACCUUGGAUGAUUCGGCAUCAGAUAUUCUGCCACAACAGGUACCAGCGGAGGAGGAGCAGCGGUCGCACAUCUUUCGAGGAGCUCAGGUUGGCACCGUACACUUCACCCAUGCUGGAGUUCGGAGAGACAGUGAUCGGCAAGGAGCACACGGAGCUGCAGGACAAGCUGGGUACAGCCUGGUGCAAGGGACUGUGGCUCGGACGCAGUUCGAAGAGUGAUGCUCAUCUUAUCGGCACGGCGACGGGGGUAGUUCAGGCCAGGACAGUGAAGCAGCUGACGACUGAGGAGAGCUUCGACAUGGAGAUGCUCAAAGCCAUGCGUUGGACGCCUUGGAGGACCUCGGUUAGAGCUGGAGUCUACGAGGGCGAGAACUGGCAGCCGACGGAAGGAGCUGCUGACGCUGACCUCGGUGAAGGCGGCCCUGGAGGCCCACCUGGGAAUCGAGGCCUGGUGGGAGCCAUCGAGAGCUUGAGUACUGGCGACCUCAAGAGGCUCGUGGCGGGCUUCAGCACGGAGGAGAUGUUGAGGCUCGUGGGCGAGGUCGACAAGGAGCUAAAGGACGACAGCGAGUUCAGCAUCGUGAUGGGCUGGACCGAGGACGACGAGUGGGAGGCGAAGCAGUGCGAGCUAGAUCGGUUCGACAACUACAACGUGUGGGAGCUCACGCUGAGGGACCCUCACGGGCCUAAGGCACUUACGUGGACUUGGGUUUUGGAGAUGAGGAGUGGCGAGCUCAAGGCUAGGCUUUGUGCGCGACCAUUCGGCAAGCAGGUCAACAAGAGCAAGAAUGAGCUGUACUGCCCUACUCCACUUUCGUUCUCACUCAAGUUGCUCAUGGUCUACGCUAUCGUUAAGGAUUUCGCCAUCUUCUUUUUCGACAUAUCUCGAGCGUUUCUGUACACGCCGAUUCGAGAGUUGGUGUGCGCAGAGGUUCCGAAGGAGUACUGCCAUCUUCCCGAUGGUUCGGAUUGGGUUUUCAAGCUCAAUAAGACCGUCUACGGACUUAACGAGGCGAUGAUCGAUUUCGACGACCACUUUGAGAACAUCGCUACAGGACGGAAUGAUGAGUCUAAGAUGACGUUCAAGAGGUUUCUUUCUGACCCGUGUACGUUUGCAGACAAGGCUAAUCAAGUUGCUAUGUCCAAGCACGUUGACGAUGGCACGCUGGUGGGACCCAGAGUUUCAGCCAGCAAAGUGUUGGAGGAGCUCGGCACACAUUUUCUACUCAAGGUUUCUGAGCUCACAGUUGGUGGUCCUGAGAUCAAGCACCUUGGACGUGGCUGGCUCCGCACCCCCGAAGGUAUUCAAGUUCGCAUGUGGCCUGCUAUUGUCAAGAAGCUACUCGACUCUGAGCCCAAUGAUAAGAAGACGAGCCCAAUACCAGGAGUCAAGAACGAGAAGAAGGUCGAGAGCGAGGAGGAGUUGGAUUCCAAAGCGGCCACAAAGUUCAGGAGCGUCAACGGCCUCAACAUGUUCGUGUGUUUGGAAAGGCCCGAGUGUCAGUACGCAGCGAAGGAGUGUUCGAGGGGGAUGUCACGACCGACGGUGCAGGACCAGACGAGGCUCACGCGCAUCAUCAGGUUCAUUCGAGCUCACCCAUCUUCAGUCACGUGCAUGUAUCCAGACAGCGGCGAGUUCAAGGUUAUCGGACGUGCAGACUCUAAUUGGGCAGAGGAUCCUAUCAAAAGGAAGUCUACAAGUUGUGGUCAGUUGUUUCUCAAUGGAGCUUUGAUCAUGCAGUUCGUCAGGACUCAGGGGGCACCAGCACUCUCGUCGCCCGAAGCUGAGUUUAACGCACUCGUGCAUGACGGGAUUGAGGCGAGAGGAGCACAAACUUAUCUCAAGGAGCUCUUGGACGAAACUGUACCAGCGACGCUGGAGAGUGACAACUCCAGCGCUCUCACGAACGUCGAGAAGAAGGGAGUUGGCAGGAUGAGGCACAUCGAGUUGAAGGAUCUGUGGAUCAAGGACCUAGUCGCACGCAAGGCUGAGACGAAGGUCAGCACGAGCAAAGUUCACACCAACGAGAACACCGCAGAUCUUGGGACGAAACAUCUUUCGAGGGUCGAUUUCAUGAAGCACCUAACGGCGAUGAAGGUAUGGCUCACUGGGAAAGGUGAGGUUGGUGGAAUUUCGGGUUCAAGCAACGAGAAGAAGGGCCAGAUCGGUAAGCCGGCGCUGGAGCUGAUGGGAGCACUUACUCAAUGCUUGGUGGGUCUUGGUACGUUUCUUCAAUUUGGACGUGCGGACGCUACUGAGUUGGGAGAGAAGGAGUUUCAGCCAGUCGCGAUCUGGAGCCCUGCAGACGAUGAGAGCCAUUUUGGCGUUUCCACAACGGUCGUGAUGAUGAUGCUCACCCUUUUGAGUGUUGUCGCAACGAGUGCAGUCUUCAAAGUCAAGCAGCACAUCGACCGUAUCACGCAGCCAGCACGGAAAGAUGCCUCAACUCAGUACAGCCUGAAGGACACGAUGAAGAAUGGAGCUACGAGUAAGAUCGUGGUCAAUGAUCUUCGGGCUAUGUUCACAGCUAUGACUAUAGACAGUGGACGGGAGUUUCUACGACUACGGCGAGUGGAUCGGGCCGUCUCGACAUAUACAAAGGCGAUGGUGGUCGAAGCUUGUGUGGCGACCGCCCUCAACGAGAUAAGGCAGGACAAGAUCUACAGUGUUGAUGGGUUUGUCGGGAUUUGGCACCCUCACUCGCUGGCUAUGAUUCGAUAUUGA